AUGAGUUUUCCAGAGACCCCGAUUUCAGGAGUUUUGAUAGAGCCUUUGUAUACACCACCUGAGAUCGGAGAAUAUUGGAGCCAAAGGGUUAAGCUCGCUUAUCGAUGUAAGAGUAGAAAAUCCAAAAUUACAAGCCACAAAAGCGGAUCCACGAUUCAUAUACAUGUGCUUACCGUAAAACCUAAUUUGCUCCGGAAUUAUUUCGUAUCAAAAUUCGAUCCAUCCUAUACGAAUGCCCUAUUACAACCACUUCAAACAUCAACAAAAAACAUGAUUCAACCGACAGCGGUACUUAUUGCACUUAUGCUCAUUGGACCAUUAGCAUGUCAACCAGCGGGCCAAACUAGCCCGCGCCCGGGCGCACAACAGCCAACAGGCUCUCAGGCACCGGCACAAACCAGUAAGAGACCGGGCUCACAACACCCAAUAGGAUCUCAAGCACCGGGACAAACCAGUCAAAGACCCGGCUCACAACAGCCAAUAGGAUCUCAGGCGCCUGAGAUGCUAUUGGCUGUUGUGAACCCGGUUGUUGGCUGGUUU